AUGAGCUCGACAACGACAAUCACACAGACCGCGAGUCCAAACGCGCAAAACAUUCUCCGCCUCUUCCCCGAAAUCGAUACUCAGCUCGCCGCGCAAACCCAGUCGUCUGCCGAGGAUGCGGACCUCUCGGGCUACGAUGAGGAGCAGAUCCGACUGAUGGACGAAGUAUGCAUAGUGCUAGACGAGCAAGACGUGCCCAUUGGAAGCGCGAGCAAGAAGCUGUGCCAUCUCAUGACGAACAUCGACAAGGGCCUUCUCCACCGCGCAUUCUCCUGCUUCCUCUUCGACUCGCAGAACCGACUACUGCUCCAACAACGAGCGUCGGAGAAGAUUACUUUCCCCGAUUUGUGGACGAACACGUGCUGCUCGCACCCAUUGGCUGUCCCGACGGAGACUGGCUCGACGUUCGAAGCAGCCGUGGCUGGGGUGAAGAGAGCAGCGCAAAGGAAAUUGGAGCACGAGCUGGGGAUCAAGCCGCACCAGGUGCCUCUAGAGGACUUCAAAUUCCUAACCAGGAUACACUACAAAGCGCCGAGCGAUGGCAAAUGGGGCGAGCACGAAAUCGACUACAUCGUCUUCAUCAAAGCGGAUGUCGAUCUUGACGUCAACCCCAAUGAAGUGAGGGAUGUGAAAUACACCUCGGCAGAGGAGUUGAAGGAGAUGUUCAAGAAGGGAGAGCUCAAAUUCACGCCGUGGUUUAAGCUCAUAUGUCAGACGCUGUUGUUUGAGUGGUGGGAGCAUCUGAACAGCGGGCUAGAGAAGUACCUAGACGACACGACCAUCCACCGAAUGCUGUGA